GUGAACAAAGAAAGACAACACAUUCGAUCGCGUGUGAGCUAUGGAUGGCUGAAACUGCAAACAGUGAAAUUCUUGGUGGUGUAGGAGGACUGGGUAUUUACAAGCUUAGUGAUUAGCUAGAAGCACGAGUAAAAACAAAAAUCCAGUGGUCGGGUGUUGAUGAAAACGGCGUGGCGGUACGACAACUUCGAUUUCCCUUUCGCUGAUGCCAGGGCUGAUGAGAUGUAAAAUAAUAAUUGUAUCAUCGGAGGUUGAGGUGAUUGACGUCUGGAGAUGUGCAUAGUAUACAUGCAUACGAACAGCUAGAGCGAAGCCGGAGAGUAAAAUUCUAGAGGAAACAACCUCGAGCGAGGUCACACGGAACUGCUGUACGCCAUGCUUCACUAGUAGCGCACGCUUGCAAACACCACAGUCGUAACGAUAAUAGAGGAUAAGCCUAUAAAUAAUCAUACACAUUCGUGUGUUUCUGUAUGACUGCAUUGUAUAUAUAGUGAUAAUGUGAGACUUAGCUAAAGGAAAGAAUCUUAAGAUCUGCUUUCAACGUUAACUGCUGCCGCUUAUCGUGCUGGACGACAGGUAGCUGGUCGAUGCUACAUUCGAGAUAGAACCCUGUCUCCCAGUUCCGACAAACGGUUUCCUAUGAAUCGAUGAGCCUUGCCUAAUGCAGAGCGAAGAGUGAACAACCAGUGUCUCGGCGGUACGACUGACAUCAUUCCGCAACCGAAAUUCAAGCGCAAUAGAUGUCGCUGAAUACUCUAUGGUAGCCAUCGUAUUUUCGGCUAAUUAGUUCCACCCCUUUUUGCAAAAGAAAAGUCACACGACUAGUUGCAACCAUGCUGUACGUUUUCCAUGUCGACAUUGGUCGGAUGCUCAAUUUUGAGAUGAGCAAAGCUUUCGAGAACGUGCGCUCUUUAAAGGAAACAAUAGAACGGCACUAUGGAAUCCCGAGCAAUAGCAUUGUGCUUCUGGGCAGUGGCGGGGAACAGCUGCAGGACCACAAUCGUGUGUGCAAUUAUACAGCCGGGACGGAUACCAACCCGAUAUACAUGUUCAGCACCUGCACAACGGAGGCCAGAAAUCAACCUCCAUGGCCUAGUAUAGACACUGAUAACGACCUAAACGCUCAGGUGGAAAAUAGCCUAAAGCUGCCAGCCACCUAUGGUACGGUUGUGACGAGAGCCGCACUAGCUCAAAAGAUGUACGAAAUGGCCAAAGAGGAGGCUAAGACUUGCGAAACGUUAGUCCACGAGCAGCACUUACAGCAGCAAGGCUGGGCGGCAGUCGUUGCCAACAUGGAAGACGUGGUGCAGGAGUUCCAGGAGAGGGUGACCGAUUUCUUCCGGCGGUACGAAGAACACCAACAGCGAUCCAAGGAUCACGUGGACAUGUUAGAAACAUUCGAUGAAGAUCUAAGGCAACUUUCGGCCAUUCCAAUUCUGCCCAAUUUGAUGGACAACGCAGAAUUGCGACCCUUCGGAGCCUUCAACGAGAUGUACGCUGAUGUUUGUAAUACAGCAACUAGCACGUCAUCGGGCAGUGUCAAAACAAGUGGCAAUCAGUCUAGCGCCGGAAGCGAAAAAAUGGAGGCUUGCACCAGCAAUACGUAUAGUGGAGACGGAACGAAUGACACCAUUGCUGUCUCUGAGCCUAAUGAGACUACGAUUUCCGAGAACGAUAGAAUCGGAAUUUCCUUGCUGGAUUGGAUUUCGGCAGACAAGGGUCAAAAUGCACUGAAACGUUUGGCCGCCGAAUGUAACCGUGGAUUGGAUCAGUUAGAAGAGACCAACAUGAAAACCCUGAAAGACAACGUCAACAAAUCUGUAGGAUUUUUUCAGAGGGAAGAUAUGAAAGAAAUUAAAGGGCUAGAAAGGCGACUGUAUGACUUAGAACGUAAAAUGGUUGAUGUCAGAAAAUUGGUUCAGGAACAAAAUGAGCUUGCACAGUCAAUCCAGCAGAAUCAAAACCGCGCUAGUACCCUGGGAGAUACGUCGAUACUGCCGGAUCUGUGUGCGUCGCAUCAAGGCCAACUGAAGGUAAUUCUAAAAAACCAGAAGGAACUGCAUGAAAUUCGACGGCAGUGUGCUAAAUCAAAAGAAGAAUUAGGAAAAAAUCUGUAUAUUCGGCUUAGACAUUGCAUAAUACCCGUGCAAACAAGAGUGUACGAAUUAGACAAUAGUCUACUAUUCUAUCAUACCUCUCUGAAGCGUCUACAGAGACAUUUGGGAAUCAUAGAGCAGAUUCAUAUGGCGCCCAGCAUGUACGUUGGUGCCGUAACGGAAGUGGUUCGUCGAAGAAUAUUUUCCAGUUCAUUCCUACGAUGGGCUUCCGAUUUAGCUUGCCGUCUAAUGGCGAUAUACAACGAAGAAGUCAUGCGGCGGCACGAUUUUGCCUCGCAGUUCGAGGGCCACUUUCUAAGUACGUUGUUUCCCGGGAUGGACGAUUUGCCACCGCCCUUCGCAAUUCAAGCGCCCUCAAUUUUUGAUUCUAGUCUACCGGCGUUGAAUGAGCAAGAUCUGAAAGAACUUGCCCGAUUUUUACCCGAGCUAACGGAAAAGAUCCAACUACCGAAUAUAGAUUCUGUGAUAGACUUCUUUUCAUCUAGAUUGGUGGAUGGUAAUCAAAGCAAGAGCAGCGGGCUGCAAGAGUUCCGAACGGACAUGGGUGAGGUUAUAAGUGGUUCGGGUAGAUCGGGCAAUGAGGAUAAAACAACGGAUUCGGCUAAUAAUGCACAAUUGCCCAUAAGAGAGGGUUGCGAGUCUGAAACUGACACGGAAGAGUUCGAAAAAGUAGGCCAAAGCCCAAUUGAUCGCCGGAGGAAACUACGUUCGAAAGUGGAAACUUGCAGCUUGGGUACAUCGACCGAACAAGUGCUGCAAGCUAGCGCAGAAACACUGACAGAGGAAAAUCUUGGCACCACGCGUCUGGAGGUUGAGCAGCUGAAAACCACCUUGCGAAAUGUGUACCAGCUUUCCCAAUCUUCGAUCUCAUUUCUGCGGGAACAGUUAUCCGCCCUUAAGUCCGAAACUGCUGCUCGUCAAGUAGAUUUUCGCAGCAAACUUGAGGCCAUCAAUAAAUGUUGGACGGACCUGCAGGACGAAGCCCGCAACCGAGAACGGGAAACGAUACAGCGCAUGACCGUGGAUCACGAGCUGGAGAUGAAUGAUCUGCGGAAAAGCAUCCAUCUGAAGGACGAUGAAAUCCAAUCUCUUCGAUCAGAUAACGCCACGAUAAAGUCCAGUCACAUUGACACGGUAUCCAAGUAUGAAAGUGAGAAGAAGGAACUGAACAACAAAAUUGAUCAAAUGAAGGAAGUGGUUAGCAAACUAGAAAAGCAACUGGCUGAUGUCGACGUGGACAAAAAGAAAGCGAUUCAGGAAGCCGUAGAGCAACUAGAACAUAAGCACAAAACUGAGAUCGAAUCAUUACGAUGUAGAUACAAGUUAAUGACAAGCAUGGAUAGAUCUCCAUCGGACACCAGCUUGGAGAAAAUUGAGAAGCCUGACAUGAUUGAUAUUGUCAUCCAUGAUCAGUUGCUAGCACAGGCUAGAGAAGACUUUAAUCGCGAAAAGGAACGUGCAAUCAAGGCAGCAAUUGAAGAAGAACGACAACGAUGGGAGUCUGUACAAACGCUGAAACCGCAAUCCCGUUCAAUGGCUAGUUCACCAGGUACACCUACGGGGAGCUCUGACAUUUAUAGGAGGAUCCUUGAGGAAAAAGAACGACAGCUAGAUGAACUAAGGGACAAGGAAACACUUUUGUUAAGAGAAAAUCAACGAUACAAAGAGACUAUUCAAUCUCUGACGGACCCAGAACUGUGUUCUAACCAAUCAAAUUUCAAAGACCGAAUCGAAGCACUAGAGAAGGAGAAGCAACAGUUGACAAAAGAACUAGAGAAACAGCAUAAUAGAACCGCCAGUGGCGGAGUGUCCAUCCAGUCCUGUGCUAAAGGAGACCUUGUGAUGUUUGUCUACAAUGCUACUUAUGAUCAGUACACCAUUGUACAGAAUGCACCGGUGUUGUAUUUUCUUCAUGCUGAUAGUUACGCAGCUUUUAGCCUCUCACAACUGGUACCGGGCAUAGUACCAAGGAUAAUCCAUUGCAUAGGCACAGUGGUAGACAAAGAAUACUGUCAUGCUCGCAAGGAUGAAAAUCGGUACAAAGUGUCUCGUGGUACGCGUUUCUAUCGCGUAAAAGUGAAACCAGUGCCUAGUAGUAGUGGAAGUGGCACGAGUACCAGCAGUAGUACAUCGAAGAGUGUCGACCCAGAUAAGCACUCUCAAAAGAAAGAACGAAGUAAACCUUCUGAACUGAGCCGCUCUUCGUCGACGAUUACAGAUCAGAGCACGACGGCUGGUACCCCAGGACUUCUGAUCGAUUCGUUCGCACAAACCGAACAAAUUAUCUCCCCUUUGAUGGAAGAUUCUGCGAUCAAGAGUAGCACUAGUCGAGAUAUGAUUGACUCGGGUGUCGUUGAGCAGCAGAAAAGCACCUAUAAAGAACGAAACAUCAGUGUAACUGACGACGAGGACGUGGUAUACAGUGCGAGUGGCAGUUUGGACGACGGAGAUCAUCAGCAACAACGACUCCGCUAUGAAAGUGUCUGUGAGGAAGAACACGAUAAUCCAUCGGAUCCGUCACAGCAGGAUAGCAACAAUAGUAAUACGACGGCAGCAACACAGCACAAUCAAUGCCCAACCAUUGCCGAAGUAACUGAUGUAGUUGAUGGUGUUAUGUUGAACACCAGCACCGGUAGUAUUGUAGUGGACAUUCCCGCCGCCCCGACUGGACUGGUCAAUGUUGGCUUCCGUGGCACUGCGGAGGACAUCAGUGGUGCAAUGGCCAUGUUGUCGGUAGUAGCUUCCAGUGAUCCCCUGUCAGACGACGUGAGCGACUCGGCUGAAUCGGAAUAUCGUUCACUUGAGACCAAGGACGACGAUAGUGAUAAUCUCAACUAAUACACUGAUAUCUUGUUAGAAGAGA